AUGGCUCCUCGGAACAUUCGCAGAAGCACCCCUACACCUCAGCUCCCCCCGUCCAGGGGAUUACAGUCUUCAAAUCUUGCCAGCCGUCUCAACCGGUCUCGGAGGGCUAGUGCGCAGAGGGACUUGGACUCAUUACUCCAAGACUCUCAGAGGCACCUUAGGCUUUCACCUGGCCCGGCAUCAACUCGCUCCCAGCUCACUUUGCCUGGCGAAUCCAUUGCUUCAGUCAACCUCAACCCAUCCACCACAUCCCGAUUCAAUCUUGAUUCUAACCUCCCCCUCCCACCAAGUCCUUCGCCUCCCCCCGCUUCCUCCAAAGGUCCUCCUGCCCGGCCAAUGGCUUUCCAGUCUGAUCCUGGAGACCCCUCGAUGUCCGACCUAUUUGGUUAUUCAGACCCCUAUCAACCAAACGGAUUGGCUGAACAAGCGACAUACUACGACCCACUGCAGCAUUAUGAAGCCCCCUAUCAACAUCACCAACAUCCUCACAAUCAGCGAUCUCAACACCAUAAUCUGCAACAAUCCCAUCAACAACCUCACCUUCUGCAUGCUCAACAACCUCAAAUUUACCAACAAUUGGCUCAACCUCACCAAUCCGGCCAGCAAUCUAUGUAUCAACCACCUCCUCCAAAACCAGUCCAAAGCCAACGACCUGUUCAGCAUCAACAUCACUCAUCCGGACUCCCUUUGGCACCUCUUCAAGGCAAGCAGCUACCUAGCUGGCAGCAACUCAAUGCCGACGCUGAAGCCUCUUUGGCCAAGCAAACUGCUCCUGUCACCCGUAAAAAGCGUGAACCUCGCAAGAAAAAAAACGACCAAACUCAGCCCAAACAAGCAGCUACCUCGGUUCCAACCGUGUCCGCUUCGUUGAAUCCAACACCCGCAAAGGAAUCUCAAACUGCUUCAACCGUGAAGACUUCCACCUCAACUCAAACUCAGACUGCUUCGCUUCAGGCUGCUGCCACUGCAUCGGACACCGAACACUUACCAAGUCCAGCAACCACUACCUUGCCGGCCACGACUACCUUGCCGGCCACGACUACCUUGCCGGCUACCACUACCUUACCGGCCACCUCGUCGAUCAUCCCUCAACAUCGUUCUCACUCGGGCUUCCCUUUGAACUCUACUCGAGUCCCUGCGUCCAAGAGACCAUUGGAAGAUGAUGUUGUCGCAGAAUUUGAAAAAGAAAACCUAGACGAACUCCGCCGCAUCGCCCGCCGCAUUGCUGAAAACCAUCGCCUGACUGCCGAGCAGAAAUUGGAGUUUGACCAAGUGUAUGACCGAUACCAGAGGGAUCUGCAUAAGACGGCCAUCAAAUACAAGUUGGAUCCUGCGGUUCCUUUGUCGUAUGUUGGAAACAAAACCCGAAUUCGUGGUCCCUCAUCUUACAAUAACUUCUGUGUGUACAAUCCAGAAGCGAGUCCUAUUCACCACGACUACACAAAACCAGUUAAUGAACGAGCGGUCUUGACUGCGGCUCUUUGGGCCAAACUUGACAAACAAGCGAAGGCAAAAUACCGAGAUCCUGACUAUCUUGAAACAUUCCCGAACCCCUACAUAGGAAUCCGAAAGGCUGCUGAGGCUUGUGCGAAUCAAGAGGACCAGACCGAUCGGGUUGGGCCGAAGAAAUCAAGAAAGCAGUAUGUCAACAUGAAACCCGAUCGAUGGGCAAAAAAGGUGCUUCUUGAUUUGAAGCGGAUUGGAGAGGCCUAUCAAGUCGAAGGCUUCUUAGUUUUUGUCACGCGGCACAGGAAACGCACAGCUAUCAUUGAGGGUGGAAGCACCCUCGGUCAACACUAUCUCGACAUCACCGCAGAUGACAAGGACGUGAUUGGACCUGCGCAGGACUUUGCCGACUUUGUCAAUGGAUGCAAGGUCAUCAAGAAACACACUGCCAAGGAAGCAAAGGAACGGGAGAAAGGUGUUGGCCGAUGGGAAAUACGACAAGGGUAA